AUGGAUCCUAAAACAGAUUCUGAUGAAGAUAAUUUGAAACAGUGUUGUGAAAAAGAAGAGUCAGAUGACAGUGAAACACAAAAGAAAGAAGAAGACAUUGACAAUAUCUUAAAUGACGGAAUUAAUAAAAGUUUUCACAGCGUCGACAAAAUACAUACCACUCCAGAUAUGAAAAGCUCAUUGAACGAUGUUCACCAAAUAAUAAACGAUGAUAAUCACAGUGGGUCAGACGAUAACAGUGAUAUUUCGGAAGAAAAAACUAUAUUGUUUGAGAAAAAAAAGAAUGGUGCUGCUAUAACCCAUACUAAUAAUGACAGUAAAACAGAUAUACGAGCGAUCUGGACACCCCCAUCACAACCGGUUGGAGACGUCAGAAUAACAGCCACAGUGGUGCUGGACUUUCAGACUUUCUGGACCAACAUUGUAUCAACAUCAAUUCAACAGUUGACACCGUCAACCACAACAACAUCAAUUCAAAAGUCUACACUGUCAACCACAACAACAGUUGCCACAACUACGAAUACACGAGCAACUAGUGCAUCUUCAACGCUGACAGGCUGCGCAGGACUGAUUGGGACUAUUUUUGCACUUAAAUAUGAAAUUACAGAAGAGGUGGCAAAUGGCUUUACCAGUGGAGAUGCACAAGGUUCCCGGAAAUAUUCUACAGCUCUUAAAGUUCUGAAGCCCUUCAGACCAUCAUCAAAAGAUGGUAAAAUACCAAUUAAUAAGGCUGGUUUAUUGUCAUACAUGUUUAUGACAUGGAUGACACCUCUAGUCAUGAAGAUGUUUAAACAUAGAGAUGAGGAUCUAAAGGAGGAAGACAUCUGGGAGUGUUCAGAUUAUGAGGCUUCCAAAGUUAAUACUGACAGACUAGAAGCAUUGUGGAAAGAUGAAGUGAAAUCAAAAGGAGAGAAGAAAGCUUCGGUUCUACGUUGUUGGUUAAAAUUCUGUCAGACUCGAAUUUUAGUCAGCUUGAUCAUUGUAGUAGUCGAUGCUCUGUCAACUUUUCUAGUAUCGGGAUUCAUCAUAAAUGAAUUGAUUGCUUAUAUUGAAUCAGUUGAGAAUAACAUACUUUAUGGAAUUGGACUUGUCGUCACCAUGAUGGCAGCGAAUGUAGUCAGAGCUGGAACCCUCUGUGUUAUCAUUAUGUUUGGUGCUCAAACAGGUAUAAGGUUUCGGGCUGGAUUUCUUGGAUUGGCAUACAGAAAACUCCUCAGACUCCAAAAAGUGAAAGGAAAGAGUUUAGCCGAGCUUAUCAACAUAUUUGGAGGUGAUGCUAUCCGUGUGUACGUGAACUGUGUGACCUUUGUAUACAUUCUUGCUCUACCAAUAUACAUGAUUAUCGGUGCUGGAUAUACAUAUUACCUGCUAGGACCCUGGUGUUUCAUUGCAAUGGGGAUCUUUCUGUUGUGCUAUUUACUCCAGGGAGUGUUGACAAAAGGCGUCGAAAUAGUGCGUAGAAAAACCCUUCAGCAUACGGACAAACGUGUUAGAAAAAUGACAGAGGUUCUCAAUAGUAUGAAGUUGUUGAAGAUGUACGCAUGGGAAGAACCAUUUGAACACACAAUAUCUGAAAUAAGAAAACAAGAAAAGAAAUUCUUAAUGUUUGCUGCCAUUAUGAAUUCAAUAAGCGCAGCCGUUAUCCCUGUUACUCCAACACUGGCAUCAGUAGCAACGAUAUCUACAUUUAGAGCUUUUGGAAAUGACAUAUCUGCUUCUACUGCAUUUGCUGUUGUCGGUACAUUGAGCUUUCUAAGAAUUAUUGUUUCUUUAAUUCCGUAUGCAACUAGAAUUCUUGGCGAAGUUCGUGUUAGUUUUGACAGAUUAAAGCGACUUCUUGUGCAAGAGGAAUUUUCGACACAUAGUGACAAAUGUAUGAACCAAAAUAACGCAGUAGAAUUGGACAAUGCGUUCUUUAUGUGGGAAGAUGCAACAUCACCAGGAUCAUUCCACAUAGAGAAAAUGAAUUUUACAGUUCAAAAGGGAAAACUGAUUGGUAUAUGUGGCCCUGUUGGAUCAGGGAAGUCAUCAUUAAUGGCAGCUAUAUUGUCAAGGAUGCCCUUUAUUUCUGGACAUGCGGCUGUGAAUGGUAGUAUUGCAUACGCUGCCCAACAAGCCUGGAUAUUUAACGACACUGUACGAGAAAAUAUUUUAUUCGGAAAAUCUUAUGAACCAGAAAGGUAUCAAAAUGUUAUAUAUACAUGUGGACUUGAGCCUGACUUUGCUAUUCUUGAUAAUGGAGAUGAGACUGAGAUAGGUGACAGAGGAACAAAUCUAAGUGGAGGACAAAAGCAGCGUAUCAGCUUGGCUAGAGCAGUUUAUAGUGACAGUGAUAUAUAUCUCCUUGACGACCCUUUAUCAGCUGUUGACGUCCAUGUUGGAAGGCAUCUUUUCCAUACUUGUAUCAAAAAGACGCUUGCUAGGAAAACAGUAAUCCUAGCAACUCACCAACUACAGUAUCUAAAACAUUGUGAUGAAAUAGUAGCAUUCGAAGAUGGUGGCAUUGUGGAAAGGGGACAUCAUGAUGAAUUGCUCUUACAAAAUGGAUACUACAAAGAGAUGAUGGAUAAAUUUCACUACCAUACAAAUACUUCGAUGGAAAAGCAAUUACCAAUACCAUCAAAGUCUAAAAAUGAGGAUACCAGUAAUUCUAAAAUAGCUACAAAUGGUGUCCAGUCGAAAAAGAAAGAUCUUCCGAAAAAUAGCUCUGCUAACAGUGUGACAACAAACAGCUCUGCAAACAAUGUAACGCAGCAAAAUGAAAAAGGUAAAUUAACAGAACGUGAAGAAAUGGUGGUUGGUAAAGUAAGAUUUGGUACAUACAAAUCCUACAUCAAUGCUGCAGGUGGUUUUAUGAUCUGCUUCUUGGUGAUGCUGUCAUAUACUCUUACCAUGGGUUCUGUUGUAUUCAGUGAUUGGUGGCUUGGAAUUUGGAUUAACACAUUAAAUACGGCAACGCCAAAUAAUGAAACAAAUAGCUAUAGUUUUGCUGAUUCAACGCCAUCAAACUUGAGCGCUGCUAAUCUUUAUUAUACGACGACUUCUAGCAACAACACAAUGAAUCCAUUGCCAUCUCCAGAGACCAGUUCUGGCUUCGACUUUUAUUUAUUGGUAUAUGUUUCAUCAUUAGGAGGAAUAAUACUUCUCACGAUACUCAGAGGAUUCGCAGGAGCAACGACUACAAUCCGUGCAUCAGUUCGGCUACACAAUAUUGUACUGAAUAAGGUAAUGAAGGCUCCAAUGAAAUUCUUUGAUUCCAAUCCUUCUGGACGGAUACUCAACAGAUUUUCAAGGGACAUGGACGAAGCUGAUGUAUUUCUACCACAGCUCAUCGACACAUUAUUGCAGUUACUAAACCAAAUUGCAUUAUCACUGUUGACCACCGCUAUAGUGUUACCCUGGAUUCUUAUUGCGAUUGUUCCAGUUGCAAUACUGUUUGCAAUUUUGAAGAAUAUCUCCAAUACAUCAGUUAGGCAGUUGAAGAGGGUUGAAAACGUAACGCGAUCACCAUUGUUGGCACACGUAAACACAACUGCUCAAGGAUUAUUUACAAUAGUUCCAUUUAAUCAACAGAAACAAUUUAUAGAAAAUUCAACAAAGCUGAUAGAUGUGACCAGCACAGCGACAUUUUUGUUUGAGAGUAGCAUGAGAUGGGUUGAAGUGAGACUGGAUUUGUCGUCGUCAAUUAUUACAGUCGCUACUGCCUUAGCGAUAGUUAUAACUAAAGGUUCAGUUGCUCCUGCUCUUGCAGGUCUAUCUCUGACAAUGUGCAUUAAGGUCGUUGGUAUAAUGCAGUUUAUGGUACGAGUUAUGAAUGAAGUUGAAGCUCGGUUUACGUCCAUUGAACGGUUGCAUCAUUAUGAAAAGAGCCUUGAAAUUGAACCUCAGACAUUUAAUACAACUCCAAGUGACAAUUGGCCAAACGAAGGAAGAAUAAUAUUCUCCAAAGUUGAAAUGAAAUACCGUGACAACAUGAAGCCAGUGCUGAGAAACAUAUCAUUUGAUUUGCACCCUCAAAUGAAAAUUGGCAUUGUGGGUAGAACUGGAGCAGGAAAAUCUUCACUUGCUGCUGCGUUAUUUAGACUUGUUCAAUUGUCGGAAGGUCAUAUAUACAUUGAUGGCGUAGACGUUUCUCAGAUAGCUUUAAAAAUUUUGAGGUCAAGAUUGUCAACAAUUCCACAAGAUCCUGUGCUUUUUGCAGGAACAUUGAGAUACAACCUUGACCCGUUCGGAAAACAUCCAGAUUCAGAACUUUGGAGUUCACUAGAGAAUGUUCACCUGAAGGAAAAGGUUCAGCAAUUCGAUCAAGACCUCGACUAUAAAAUAGAAGAAAAUGGUGAAAAUUUCUCAGUUGGAGAACGACAGCUAAUAUGCCUAGCUAGAGCAAUAUUACGAAAGAACAAGAUUUUACUUUUGGAUGAAGCAACAGCUUCUAUUGACACUCAAACGGAUUCUCUUAUCCAAAAAACUAUUAAAGAAAGAUUUAGUGAUUGUACAGUAGUGACCAUAGCUCACAGACUAAAUACAGUUCUACACUCUGACCUCGUCAUGAUUAUGGAUAAUGGAGAAGUAAUAGAAUCUGGUGCACCACAAGAUCUACUGACAGAACCACAUUCAUUCUUCAAUACUAUGAUAGCUGCACAAACAGUUAAAACCCCUUCACCAUAGUGAUGUCAAGAUUUUAAAGACAAUUAUGCAAUACCACAUACGGAUAUCACACAUUUCUAUGAUUCUGUUGGAAUAUACCAUGUAUAUGUUUCCAUAAUACUUUUGCCAUACAAUUAUUUAAUAGCGCA